UCAUCUUCAAAGUCUCCUCUGUUGCUCAGCUGUUUUAUUGAAAGCAUAGGCGUGAUCGUAUUACAAAGGGCGUGAUAAUAUUUCAUUGGGUUUGCACAAAAGUCAGUCACAUGUUGCUGGGCAGAAUCACCUUGAAGAUGUUUCUCUCAAUGUGCUGCUACCUCUUAUCAUAUCCUGAAAGAACACAAGCUGCUGGCAGAUGAUAAGAAGUUUGCACAGUUCUCACAGUCAGUGAGUAUAAACUGUAUCAUGAGAGCUGCUCUGUUAUCCUAAAAGAACACUUCAGCGUGAAGAUGAACACAGAGCGUUUGGACUGUAUGUGAAGAAUCUGAGCACUGAAAACCUCCUGCUGUCAGUUUCCUGUUUGUUCUCUCUCUUCUUGGUUUCCUGUUUGAAGCUGCUGACUCUUCACCUUCACUCAUCGGCUUCACGCAGAUCAUUUUCACCAUCAGAAGGUCAGGACUGAUUUCAUGUCCUGUUAAUGUUUUUCUGGACUUUGACUGUUCAGUGGUGAGAACGUGACAGAGUCCUCAGAGGGAUGAUGAUGAAGUGAUGAAGGAGGAUCAGCUGUAGUCUCUCUUUGUGUUUCUUCUACAGGUGGAGGAGGAAGUGGAUCUGAAUUCACCUGGUGGAGGCUCUGCGAUGAAUCAGUGUGAGGACAGAGAGGAGGGAGCCCCUCCCUCGAAAAAGCAAAAGUGUGGGGAACAUGAAGCUCAGAGAGUCAAAGACGAGAGACCGGACUCUCCUGGGCCUGAAUCCAGCUGUGUGUCCUUAAAGUGUGACCGGUCUAUGGGUCGAGCUAUUGCUUUCAAGGAUGGAGAUCAGUCUGAUCAUCCAAAAGUUCAGAGAUCAGAGGCUCCCAUUGGCCAGUCUGCCCAGCAGCAUCACACACAGCUGGACUCCAUAUUGAUGCUGCUCCAGGAGAACAUCAUCAGUUUUGUAAAGACCGAGCUGAAGAAGAUCCAGAGAGCUCUGAGUCCAGAUUACCCAGAAUGCUUUGAGAGUCAGAGGGAGGAUGAAGAUGAAGAGCAGAGGAGGAGCAGAGAGGCCUUUCUGGAGAUCACUCUGCACUUCCUGAGGAGAAUGAAGCAGGAGGAGCUGGCUGACUGUCUGCAGAGCAAGUGCAGACAUAAACUGAAGUCUGACCUGAAGGAGAAGUUCCAGUGUGUGUUUGAGGGGAUCGCUAAAGCAGGAAACCCGACCCUUCUGAACCAGAUCUACACAGAGCUCUACAUCACAGAGGGAGGGACUGGAGAGGUCAAUGAUGAACAUGAGGUCAGACAGAUUGAAGCAGCAUCCAGGACAACACACAGAGCAGAAACAACCAUCAGACAAGAAGAAAUCUUUAAAGGCUCACCUGGAAGAGAUCAACCAAUCAGAACAGUGCUGACAAAGGGAGUGGCUGGCAUCGGGAAAACAGUCUUAACACAGAAGUUCACUCUGGACUGGGCUGAAGACAAAGCCAACCAGGACAUCCAGUUCACAUUCCCCUUCACUUUCAGAGAGCUGAAUGUGCUGAGAGAGAGAAAGUUCAGCUUGGUGGAACUUGUUCAUCACUUCUUUACUCAAACCAAAGAAGCAGGACUCUGCAGGUUUAAAGAGUUCCAGGUUGUGUUCAUCUUUGAUGGUCUGGAUGAGUGUCGACUUCCUCUGGACUUCCACAACAAUAAGAUCCUGACUGAUGUUACAGAGUCCACCUCAGUGGAUGUGCUGCUAACAAACCUCAUCAGGGGGAGCCUGCUCCCCUCUGCUCGCCUCUGGAUAACCACAAGACCUGCAGCAGCCAAUCAGAUCCCUUCUGAGUGUGUUGACAUGGUGACAGAGGUCAGAGGGUUCACUGACCCUCAGAAGGAAGAGUACUUCAGGAAGAGAUUCAGAGACCAGGAGCAGGCCAUCAGAAUCAUCUCCCACAUCAAGACAUCCCGAAGCCUCCACAUCAUGUGCCACAUCCCAGUCUUCUGCUGGAUCACUGCUACAGUUCUGGAGGAUGUGCUGAAAACCAGAGAGGAAGUACAGCUGCCCAGGACCCUGACUCAGAUGUACAUCCACUUCCUGGUGGUUCAGUCCAAACUGAAGAACAUCAAGUAUGAUGGAGGAGCUGAGACAGAUCCACUCUGGAGUCCAGAGAGCAGGAAGAUGAUGGAGUCUCUUGGAAAACUGGCUUUUGAGCAGCUGCAGAAGGGAAACCUGAUCUUCUAUGAGUCCGACCUGACAGAGUGUGGCAUCGAUAUCAGAGCAGCCUCAGUGUGCUCAGGAGUGUUCACACAGAUCUUUAGAGAGGAGAGAGGACUGUACCAGGACAAGGUGUUCUGCUUCAUCCAUCUGAGCGUUCAGGAGUUUCUGGCUGCUCUUCAUGUCCAUCUGACCUUCACCAACUCUGGACUCAACCUGAUGGAACAAGAACAAACAACAUCCUGCUGGUCUAAUAUAUUGAGAGACAAACCAGAACAAACAAGUUUCUACCAGAGUGCUGUGGACCAGGCCUUACAGAGUCCAAACGGACACCUGGACUUGUUCCUGCGCUUCCUCCUGGGUCUUUCACUGCAGACCAAUCAGACUCUCCUGGGAGGUCUGCUGACACAGACAGGAAGUAGUUCACAGACCAAUCAGGAAACAGUCCAGUACAUCAAGGAGAAGAUCAGUGAGGAUCUGUCUGCAGAGAGAAGCAUCAACCUGUUCCACUGUCUGAAUGAACUGAAUGAUGGUUCUCUAGAGGAGCAGAUCCAACGGUCCCUGAGAUCAGGACGUCUCUUCUCAGAUGAACUGUCUCCUGGUCAGUGGUCAGCUCUGGUCUUCAUCUUAAUGUCAUCAGAGAAAGAUCUGGACGUGUUUGACCUGAAGAAAUACUCUGCUUCAGAGGAGGCUCUUCUGAGGCUGCUGCCAGUGAUUAAAGCCUCCAACAAAGCUGUGCUGAGUGGAUGUUACCUGUCACAGAGAAGCUGUGAAGCUCUGUCCUCAGUCCUCAGCUCCCAGUACUCCAGUCUGAGAGAGCUGGACCUGAGUAACAAUGACCUGCAGGAUUCAGGAGUUGAGCUUCUGUCUGCUGGACUAAAGAGUCCACACUGUAAACUGGAAACCCUCAGUCUGUCAGGUUGUCUGAUCACAGAGACAGGCUGUGCUUCUCUGGCCUCAGCUCUGAGCUACCCCUCCUGCCUGAGUAAGCUGGACCUGAACUACAACCAUCCAGGAGACCAAGGAUUGAAGCUAAUAUCUGCUGGACUGGAGGACCCACUCUGCCGACUGGAUACACUGAGGGUUGACCAUGGUGGAGAGCAGUGGUUAAAACCUGGACUGAAGAAGUAUGUCUGUGAACUCACUCUGGACUCAAACACAGCACACAGAGAGCUCAGACUGUCUGAAGACAACAGGAAGGUGACACGUGUGGGAGAGGUUCAGUCAUAUCCUGAUCAUCCAGACAGAUUUGACCGCUGGUCUCAGCUGCUGUGUAGAGAUGGUCUGACUGGUCGCUGUUACUUGGAGGUUGAGUGGAGAGGAUGGGUUCAUAUAUCAGUGAGUUACAGAGGAAUCAGAAGGAAAGGAGUCAGUGAUGACUGUGGGUUUGGAUUAAAUGAUCAGUCCUGGAGUUUGAGCUGCACUGAUGAAGGUUACUCUGUCCGUCACAACAACAACAGAGAAACAGUCCUCCGUCCCUCCUUGUCCUCUGUCUCUGACAGAGUAGCAGUGUAUGUGGACUGUCCUGCUGGCACACUCUCCUUCUACAGAGUCUCCUCUGACUCACUGAUCCACCUCCACACCUUCAGCACCUCCUUCACUGAACCUCUGUAUCCUGGGUUUAGAUUGUCUUCUGGUUCCUCAGUGUGUCUGUGUUCUGUGUAGCAGGGAGAGUCUCCUCCUCUCUACACAAACACUACACACACAAACAGCUGCUGAAGAACAGUUUACCCUCUGCACUUACACACACACACACACACACACACACACACACAAACACACACACACAUCAGCUGAUCAUGUGACUGUUUCUGUCACAUCAGCAUGAUUUUCUGUUAUCAAAAAUGAAGCUGAAUGCAAGUUGGUCUUCAAAGUAAGUGUUUGGGUCUCACAGUUUUUUCAUAUAAUAGAAAAUAGUGCAAAAACUAAUUGGCUUUCUGGCAACAAAGUAAAGUGCUAAAAAAAAAACAAGUAGAGCGUACACCUAAACCGAGGUGAGUGCUCAGGUCUGAAUCUUUCAAAAUUAGAUAAAUUAUAUGGCCAAUAUAUUUUAUAUCUUAGAAUGGUUUCUAAUUAACAUGAGCCUUGUCAAGAGUUAAUUUGUAGAAUGACUUGCCUUCUUAAUGUGUUUGAGACCAUCAGUUGUGUUGUUCAGAGG